GCUUAUUACUCCGAAAGCUUAGUCAGUGAACCACGCUGUUGGGUAUUUCGAAUUGGCAAUGACGUCGGGUUGUUUAAUAUCCGUUACGCUGAUCCUAGUCGCUGGUGUUUUGCAGCAAGGAUAUGCAUCGAGAAUACUUGGAAUCUUUCCGUUCCCUUCGAUCAGUCAUCAAAUCGUAUUUCGAGGGCUGACCGUGGCUCUCAGGGAGCGAGGUCACGAACUCGUUGUCAUCACUACCGACCCGAUCAACGAUCCAACCCUGAAGAACUACACGGAGAUUAAUGUGAACUUUCUAUACGAGGACUUUAAUGAAGAUGUGGACUGGAUUGCAACCCGAAAAAAGAGGACAUGGCUUGGAUUGUGCCACGACAUGUUUCCAAGACUUAUACCAAUGACUGAACGAGUUCUUAACCACCCUGAAGUUAAAAGGUUAUAUUCACCAGAAAGCGGGGAAAAGUUUGACUUGUUAAUAAUUGAGAUGCUUGUAUGGCCCGCCUUUCUACCUCUCGCCAAACAAUUUGAUGUUCCGAUCAUAGGCAUGACAUCUUUAGGUUUGCCUCUUCAAAUGCAGUAUGGCAUCGGCAAUCCUAUCAUGCCAUCUCAUCCAGCUCAUUGGGAUGCCGAGAUAAAAGAGCUCGGGAGAUUGUCGUUUUGGCAAAGGCUGCAGAACUUUGUGCACGCGUGGAGAUUCGUGCACUUUUACAGAACCGAUUAUUUGCCAAGGCAGCAGGCGAUCGCGGAGAAACAUUUUGGACGCGGCAUCCCUGAUGUUGCAGACAUCGAAAAUAACGUUAGUUUGGUUUUCGUCAAUCAGCAAGCACCGAUUUCGUUUGUGAAACCAAAUAUACCCAAGAUCAUAGACAUCGGUGGAUUUCACGUCUCAAAGCAGAUUGAGCCGCUGUCGAAGCACCUUCAGAGAAUCCUGGAUGAAGCGACGCAAGGCUUCAUAUACAUGAGCCUUGGAACGAACGUCAAGAGCGUCAUGUUGAGUGAUGAAACAAGGGAAGAAUUUCUGGCAGCCUUUUCGAAACUACCCUACAUCGUCAUUUGGAAAUUCGAAGAUGAUAUCCUCGUCGGCCAGCCAGAUAACGUAAUAAUCAUGAAGUGGGCUCCGCAGCAAUCCAUCUUAGCGCAUCCCAAUAUCAAAGCUUUCAUAUACCAAGGAGGACUUCAGAGUACAGAGGAGGCGAUUUCUCACGUUGUUCCUGUGAUCGGGUUGCCAGUAUUUGCCGAUCAGGAUACACAUGUCAAUAAAAUGGUGUCCCUUGGCGUUGGAACAAAGUUAGAAAUCCUCACUGUGAACAGGACGGGUUUACUAGAAGCGAUUCAAUCCGUUGUGCUCGACGGCAGCUACAAGCAGCGAAUGUUGAAAUUGCGGGAUUUGAUGGAAGACAAGCCGUACGAUUCGUUGGAGAACGCGGUUUGGUGGACGGAACACGUGAUACGUCACAAGGGUGCCCCUUAUCUGCACUCUACGACAGCCGACGAUCCCUGGCAUCAGCGACAAGAUAUGGAUAUAAUUUUUAUUAUCACUACAGCGAUUCAGACGGCUCUAAGUAUAUCAGCAGUUGUAGUAUAUAAGUUAAUGGCUUACUGUAUUCAUUAUCUUAACCACAAUUGGCAGACGAUCAGCAAAAAAGAAAAGACGUGUUGAUUUCUUCAUCGCAAUAUAUCACUGCAGUAGGUUUGUGACGAAAUUUUUCAUCAUGGACCAUUGAAAUUCCUAAUACCUACGUUGAUUAUUAUGUAAAUAAGCGUUGUGAUUUUUCAUCAUUGUCAGGAUGAAAUGUAAUUUGCAAUACGCAUAACUUCAGAAUUGCAUUAAUAAAAGGAUUUAAGUCGAAA